ACGGGACGUGACGGAGCUCAUUUAAAUAUCCGUGAUGUAAAGUAGCGGUUAGUCCACACGUCAUGUUCAGCAGCGAGCCUGUUAUCUUCUACCCCUCUCAGUGACCAAGGCACCCUCGUGUCCGGCCCCCCACCCCCAGGUCACUUGGGGCAAGUCAUAACUUUGAUUUGUACCUUGAAGGACAAGUUUGAAAGCAUUUUCAUCCACUGGAGUAUGUAAAGAUUGUCCCUAUAGCAGAAACAAGACCAGUUUUCUCUGCUCUUCCUCAAAUAAGCCUUCCAAAAGAAUGAUGCAGCUCACCAGAGCGCGCAAACAGAAACACUCCCUCCUCAGCUCCAUGAACCAUUUCAUCGGGGCCGUCAACAACAUGGACCAGACCGUCAUGGUGCCCAGCCUGCUGAUGGACGUCCCCUUAGACGAAGACACGGCGAUGGCCCACUUAAAGUCGGACGUGGACGACAUGUACAGCCACUACCAGCUGCUCAAGUCCCUUCGCUGGGACAUGGAGUCGGGGUCGAGCAGUGGCGAGCAGAGGCGCAAGGAGGGCUUGAGGCGCACCGCGUCCACCUCCUCUAUGUCUUCCUCCCUGCUGUCCUCCUCUGAAGAGGAUGAAGAUGACUUGCAGAAGCAGUUCCAGUUCCACCUGGCUGGCCUGCAAGGGGUGCUGUCCAAGCUCACCUUGAAGGCCGACUCUCUCACCAGGUGCUACAGGCAGAGAGUCGGCAUUUGAUGAUUGAGGAUGAUUUUUUUUUUACUGUCACGAUUGGAUAGACUGAAGAUGUUACCACUUGUUCACUCCAAAUGUUUUGCACUUAAUUGUUCUAUUGGCCCUUGCACAUGUUUUGCACUAACUUGACACAAAGGUAGAACACAAUUUUUAUUUAUUGAGAUGAAUAAACUCAAAGAAAAUGUU